GUUGUGUUCGACUAUACGGUGUAUGUUAUUCACCGAUAGUCUCUCCCUCGAAGAGAAAAAGUAAAUUUUGACGUGGCCUAAUUGUAUUCCGCGACCGAACCACAUGCGCACACACUCGUGCCGAUGAAAAUAGACUGAACACUUGGAAGAGCGAAUCGUGCGCUAUCUCGCGCAUGUUUUCCUUUUCCUUCGCACACGCUAUAACGUCGAGUUAGAGCUGCAGCUAUAGGUAUACUUAUCUGUCUUUAUUUCUUCUCCCGCUCCGAAAUUUUUAUAGCGUAAUUUCAACGCUAGGAUUGCGGAUAAGUAGUUGCAUCAGGUAUCGUCCAUCGAAACUAGUUGUCAUAUCGAUUGCUAGAUCCAAUUUCAACGUUCUCAGAUCAACAAGAAUUUUGUAUCAAAGUAAUUAUAUUGCUAUUAAAAAUUUAUUCAAAGAGUGACGUUUCCGCGUAACCGUCAAAAGACGGAAGUCGCCAUUUUCAGGUGUUUAUUUUCCUAUACCUAAUACCACUAACGGAAGUGUACAGUACGUUUUCGGAACAUAUGAUUGCAUCUGGCAUGGAAAGCUAUGUGACCACUCACCACACGGCACACAGUAUACAUUCAUCGAUCUCCUGCUAACCCUGAUGCGGAAUACGAAUAAAGGCGGAGAGGAAAAGGGGGGAAACAUAUCUAACCUAACCUCAGCUAAUGACUGUUGACAAGAAACAUACACACGCUCGCGAGUCGCAAGUAUAUACUUGAUGUGCAGCGGAGUUGCUGCGCGACGCAAAGGCUUCACCGCGCGCGCGCGCGCGCGCGUGCCUGCACAUCAUGAAGCCAAAUAUUCCGCGGCGGUCCUCGAGUAAACAAGCAACUCUUUUGCCGACCAACGAGUGUGGAAACAUUUGAAUAUUGCUGUUGUGGUGCGCAAAAAAGAAGAGAUGGUGAAUCCACCACCGGACGAGGACCCGGAGUGGCCCGUGGUGCGCUACAUCACCAACUACAUGGACGCUAUGGAAAAUCUUCCGGAUGCCCUGGCCAAAUUGACCUCGCGCAUGUACCAGCUCGAUGCCAAUUGUCAAGAUUACUAUCGUGAGAUCCAAGAACAUCACGACAUCCUUGCCAGGGGUAUUGCUGAUGUACAGGAGAGAAGACGAGUCUUGGCAAAAGUACAAAACACCCUGGUACACAUGCAAGAUAUCGGGGAUGAGAAAUUGCAGCUCAUGCAGACAAUUCAUGAUAUGAUAGAAAAAAAGGCCAGAGGAUUAGACAUUGAUUUGAAAAAUGCGAGACCUAGAAUGGAGCAAGAAAAUAGCGUACCGUUCAAUGCAUCAAACUCCAAUUCAGUUUCCUCUAAUCCUAAGCCUUCUACUCCCAUAAAUGAAAAAACAACGCGCAGAGGCAGGAGAACCAAGAAUGGCAUAUCUGAGGAACAAGCGGCACAAGCAGCAGACUCUAGUGUUUUAUCAGAAAACCAAUCUGCAAAUCUUCCGAGUACGUCAAAUGGAGUUUCAAAACGAACUAGUAAUACUGGUACAGGAAAAAGGAAACAAAGAAAGUCAUUGAACAACCAUCAGAACCAAGGUCAGGGAGAAGCAUCAGCAACAACACCAGCACCAGUAGCAUCACCGACACCAGCACCAGCAUCCGCAGCUGCUAAAGAGGAAGAAGACGGUGAACCUUUGUAUUGCGUUUGCAAUCGGGUUUCCUUUGGUAAAAUGAUUAUGUGUGAUAACGAUGCCUGUCUAGCGGAAUGGUUCCACUUUUCAUGCGUAAAUCUAACAAUCAAGCCGAAAGGUAAGUGGUAUUGCCCGUCAUGUAGAGGAAGUAAGCCAAAUCUUCCAAAACCAAAAUCGAAAUUUCGGUGACACUUUCAAGAGUAAAGUCGGGCUUUAUAUUCUAAAGCUGAAUAUGAGGGUAGCAUGCAUUUUAUGAGCGUGCUUCAGCAGCUCCUUUAUUUUAGUUUACAUAGCUUCAGAUCAUUCAAUGGUAAAGAUGAUUUUUGCAACUUUACACAUGAUUAACUGCAGGUCUUAAAAAGAAACUUGACACUUUAUCAAGUUGCAUAAGAUUGAGUAUUUGAUGACUUCCAGUUCAAAUGAAAUUCAAAGUAAACUGUAAAUUAUAAUCUAAAUUAUUUUGUAAAUUAUUUAAUGUUUUACACCGUGAAUCAUUGUGAUUAUCAUUCAAUUAUUUUUCUAAAAUACUAUGGAAAUAACAAGUUUAAUGAAAAUUCAUACGCUAUGCUACAAUGCAAAGAUCAAUAAUUGAUUGUAAUUUAUUUAUUGUGGCACAAAUUUUUACCAUACUGACUGAAAUCAUGAAAUAUAAAUUUAUUCGAGCCCAGCUUCUCGUUUGAAAGACGCGUUGUAAUAGCAUCACAUAUAGCGUUCAAAUGUAAGAUUCACAUACGUUUAAUCUAAUUGGGCAACGAAAUCUCAAAACAAAUAACAAAUUUUAUAAGGGCGUUAAGAAUUUUACAGGUUGAGAUAUAAAUUGUAAAAAUGUGCAUUUUAUUCUCCAACUUCUAGUUAUUAUAGCCGCAACAUGUGCGAAAUGUCAGUAGAUUAAAGUCGUCGCGUAAUUAUAAUCUAAGGCUCUAGGCUUUACGAAAUUUUGACGAGCGAUAGAAAAUUUUAGCUUGAACGUAUAACGAAUGAACGGUCAAAAUUUCGAGAGAAUUGUACAAAUAUUAAUACUACUAUAGGAGUAUGAAAAUACUUUUAUUAGAUUUUACGACAAUGUACAAAAGGAAUCUGGAUCCUGUUGAUGUAUUAUCUAUUUUUCUACUCAACAAUUACGAUUUAUCUGCUUUUUCGAUAUGAAAAAAGAGCUUGAAUAAUCCUUGCAAAACUAUUUUGUAAAUAAACGAUACAACGAUAAGUUAACUUUUGUUACUUGCUUAUUUUACUAUGAAGUUUAAAUAAAAAUAUUUCCAAAUGCCUAAA